CGGAAGUGUUAUUUUAUGUUAGCAUCAGGUUGACGUGUUUCUUCCUGCGGGUGCAGAUCAGCUGCUUCUCUUAGCUUCUGGCUAGCUUAGCAGCUAAACUAGCAAGACACACUGGAAAGAAGUGAGGUGAGGACCAGUGUCGUAUACCAUGGCAGGUGGGAUCACAGAGAGCGGGGAGCCCUACUCCCCUUUUGUGGGUCUGGUGUACAUGUUCAACCUGAUCGUGGGAACAGGAGCUCUGACGAUGCCCAAAGCCUUCGCUGCGGCCGGUUGGGUGGUCAGCAUCGCGCUCAUCUCCUUCUUAGGCUUCAUGAGCUACAUGACGACCACGUUUGUGAUCGAGGCGAUGGCGGCGGCGAACGCUCAGCUGCGCUGGAAGAGGAGGAAGCAGGAAGAGGUCGACGACAGCGACUCCACCUCCGAGUAUUCAGACGAUGACAUCGUGGUCCGAGGCCGGUCGGAGCCGGAGACGAAGCCCAUCUUGUCUGGUCGUGAGAACCAGCGGUCGGGAGGUCACUUGGACCACUUCGACAUCGUGGAGCGGGUGGAGAUGGGUCAGAUGGCCUCCAUGUUCUUCAACAAAGUUGGCGUCAACAUGUUCUACAUCUGCAUCAUAGUCUACCUGUACGGAGACAUGGCCAUCUACGCUGCAGCUGUGCCCAUAUCGCUGAUGGAAGUCGCCUGUGGAAACCACUCCUGCAGCGCUGGAAGUGUGAAGUACAACGACACGGAUCCGUGCUGGGGCUCCGUGACCAGGAAAGACGCGUACCGGGUGUUUCUGUGCGUCUUCACGCUUCUUUUGGGUCCUUUCACCUUCUUCAACGCCCAGAAGACCAAAUACCUCCAGAUUCUCACCUCACUCAUGCGCUGGAUCGCGUUCACCAUGAUGAUCGUCUUGGCUCUCAUCCGCAUCAGUAAAGGCGCCGGCGAGGGCCGCCCGCCGGUCGCCUCCCUCUCCGGGGUGCCCAACCUGUUCGGCGUGUGCGUCUACUCCUUCAUGUGUCAGCACUCCCUGCCCUCCCUGGUGACACCCAUCUCCGACAAGAAGCGUGUGGGCACGCUGGUGGUGGUGGACUACGUCCUGAUCCUGGGCUUCUACGUCCUCCUGUCCUUCACCGCCAUCUUCUGCUUCGACAGCUCGCUGCUGCACGACAUGUACACGCUCAACUUCACCGACAACUGCAACGUGUUGGAUAUCCGCUUCCUGCGCUACUUCCUGGGCCUCUUCCCGGUGUUCACCAUCAGCACCAACUUCCCCAUCAUCGCCGUCACGCUUCGCAACAACUGGAAGACCCUGUUCCACCGGGACGGCGGCACCUACCCGUGGGUUGUGGACCGCGUCGUGUUCCCCCUCAUCACCCUGGUGCCGCCCAUCGUGGUGGCCUUCUGCACCCACAACUUGGAGUCCCUGGUGGGCAUCACUGGGUCCUACGCCGGCACGGGGAUCCAGUACAUUGUGCCGGCCUGCCUGGUGUUUUGCGCUCGACGCAACAUGGAGCCCGUGGUGGGCCGGGACGCCGUCAACAAGCACCGGUCUCCCUUCCGCCACGCCUUCUGGGUGUGGUUCGUUUUAUUGUGGGCCGUCUCCUGCCUCAUGUUCGUCACAGCCAACAUCAUCCUGAAUGACGUCAAGAAAUGAGAAAUAAAAAUAUAUAUGUUUGGCCAGUAUCUUUCCUCCUGUACACGAGGCCUUACUCGCUGCUGGUUGGACAGUGUGCCUUUUUAUGGGACUUCUGUUGCAUAUAUUACAUGUAAUUAAGAGUAAUUUAUCGAAUUUGUGAGAAAGGGACCAAGUGUUUUUGUUCCAUCCACACAAACAAGAAGGAACAGUGCAGGACUGCCAACAGUGAGAGGAGAUCAAAAAGGGUCAUUUAUUAAAAGGACGUUUUUCUCAACAAACACUUGAGGAUUUGCACAAAAGUUACUUUUUAGAAAUGUAUAUCUUGAAAGAGUUCAGUGGUCAUCAAACAAACUCGUGCAAAGUGGAUUUUUAAAUUUUUUUGGAAUUUAUCGUCUCCGAUCUCGGACGUCAGAACAUCUGGACCCUUCAGGGCCGAAUGUUCCACUAAAGAUAUAUUAAAUCAACAGAGCGGAGUAUAGUGGCAAGAAAAAAAGAGCCCUCACGUGCGGAGUCGUGUUCUGUUGCUAAACUGCUCGGUAUUGAUAAUGAAAUCAAGAAUAACAGAAGAAGACAAAGGGAAGAAAAUCGGGGAUGAUCCUCGUACUGUGUCCAUCUCACGGCCUGACGGGAUGAUACUGAUCUACUUCUGGAGCUUGUUGGGGGAAGAAGUCCCAAAGCGGCCAAAAGUGAAAGGGUAGCGAGCCAAAUGUAGUUCAGGGACGUCGAGUUCACCGACACUUGGCAACGUCCUCUCUGAGUUGUGCCUUUUGUUCAUUGACUUCGUUAUUGCCCUUCACCUUCUAACUGUCUGACGUCAUUAUUAUACUGUGAGGGGCAUACUUCUUAAAGGGCCAGUGUGUAGCAUUUAGAGGGAAUCUAUUAGAACAAAUUGUUAUAUUAAGUGUCUUUUUUUUGUUUAUAAUUACCAGAAAAUAAGAUUAUUCCUGUUUUUAUUACCUUAGAAUACGUUUUUUUAUAUCAACAUGCGGAGCCGGCCGCCAUGUUUCUACAGUAGCCCAGAAGGGUCAAACCAAAUACUGGCUCUAGAUCGGGGCGGUCGCGGCUUUUCGUCUUUUUGCGUCGACCACCGUAGUUUUCCCACAAGUGAGAAGUUUCAGUUGGUUGCGAUCUGAAAACUGUCCACUAGAUGGCGCCAAAUCCCACAAACUAGGCUUUUAAAGGGUUCGUACAAAAACGUAGUUUUUUCUACUUUAAUAUUAAAGGCGAAUGAGAUUUACAAUGGAAGUCAAUGGUCAAAUUAGUUUGAGGCUUGUUGAAUUGUUAAACUAUGUUUUGAAAUUCAGAAGAAGAAUAUCUCAAAACCUGGACGAAUAAAACCAACUCGACGACUUUUUGUUUUUUUGAAAUUUGGGUAAAUAGUUUUUUUGAUGCUAGAGAUGAACGAUGUAUUGAUUCAUACAACGUCCACAGAAAGUAUUCAUUUCUGGCAGAUAAUUGAAAAUGCUUCCAGUCAACAUUUGAAUGAAACGCUAAUCGUAUCUAAUAUCUCUCUGUAUUUUCUUUGUGAUAUUUUAAUUGUCGUCUUACUCUGAAAUUCAUGCCUCGUUUAUUCCCAUUGGAAAUUCCCACUAAAUGAAAAAACUCAUUCUGUUCAAACUAACCUAAUAAGUGGUCGGAGAGACUAUAAAAGCGCUGUACAUGUACAGUCCAUUUACCAUUUCAACUCACUUGUAUUGUGUGUGAAUAUGGAUUUAAAUUGCUAAAUGUGGGAGUUUAAUAAGCACAAUGACAGUCGAGUGUCUCUAUGGAGGAAAUAAUCGAGUCAGUGGAAGAAACUGUGUGAAGCAUUUUCACCUCCAGUUUGUCCAUAACUGUGUUUUGUCCACACUGUGUUCUCUGUUGUUGCUCACACAAUAGAAAUAUGAUGUUAAAACAGAUUUUGGUUUUAAAAUGUGGUGAGAAAUGUCUUUACCUUUUGUUCCAAAGGCUUUAUGGUUAAAUUACAGCAUUUAUCAGCCUUUGAUGGCUGACUGUGGACGUUUUUUGUAUAUUAAUCCUCUGAAAACAUCAACAAGUUAUUAUUUUACACAUUUUCUCAUUUACUUCAAUUCAUCGAACUAGCAGAGAUUAAACAUUGAACUUCUUAAAAGUUCCCGGACUCAAAAGAGAAAUAAAAACCAUCUCUUGUCUCUGGUGUGGGCCCAGCUCCAAGAACACUACAUAUCCCACAAUGCAGUCUUCUUUUCCUUACGUCAAAUAUUAGAAAACCUUUUCCCGUCCCUUAAGAACUGAUGCCGUCAGCACAAAGCGUAGCAUCGUUGUAGCUCGACGGCUUUGAGAUGAUUUAUUUCAAAGCGCUGCAGAGCUUCUGUCGUCUGAGUGGAAUCACAGAGAUCCAUAAAACAUGAUUAUUAAUCCUCAUUUUUAUGUUUACCUUCUCACUUCUGUGCCGGUUGGUUUCUGAUGUUUCACGUCUUUUUUUGUCCUCAUCACCGUUAAUAUGAGAAGUAAAAACACUUAAAGCUUAAAGAUCAUUAUGGUUCAGUCUGGAGAUGAAGACUGUGAAUGAAUUAUUAGAUAUUGAUGAUGUGAAAUCUGCUUCUGAGGACUCUUGUUUGGAAUCGUGAAUUGUGCCUUUUUUUUCAGACGAACAUCUGCAUGUAAAACAUUUCAACUGACGAUCAGCAUGUCCCCAAAAUACUCUUUUCUCUCCUCGUCUCUUUUCUUUUUUAAGUUGCUGUAUUUUUUAAUUUGUCCUUUUUUGUUUACACUAAUCCAUCAUGUCAAUGGAUGUUUACCGUUUUAAUGGAUGUUUGAUUUCUAUGAUUCACAAAGAAAAUAAAAGCUUUAUGUUCA